GAGGGGAGCCUGCUAGCCAGCGGGAUCCCGAGCCGCGGAGCGCGCUGCCCACCGCUCCGCCGCAGAUGCCUCGGGAGCUCGAGCCCGAGCGCCGCUCAUGCAGCAUCACAGCGCUCCACCGACCGAGAGUUGAUGAUAAAACACUUAGCCGUCUCUGCUGCGGGGAGCCAUGAGCUGUCUGGAUGUUAUGUACCAAGUCUAUGGUCCUCCCCAGCCUUACUUUGCAGCCGCCUACACCCCCUACCACCAGAAACUUGCCUAUUACUCCAAAAUGCAGGAAGCCCAAGAGUGCAACACCAGCCCCAGCAACAGCAGUAGCAGCGGCAGCUCCUCCUUUUCCAGCCAAACUCCUGCCAACAUAAAAGAGGAAGAAGGCAGCCCAGAGAAAGAGCGCCCACCAGAGGCAGAGUACAUCAACUCCCGCUGCGUCCUCUUCACCUAUUUCCAGGGAGACAUCAGCUCCGUGGUGGACGAGCACUUCAGCAGGGCCCUGAGCCAGCCGAGCAGCUAUUCCCCAAGCUGUACAAGCAGCAAAGCACCCAGGAGCUCGGGGCCCUGGCGGGACGGCUCCUUCCCGAUGAGCCAGCGCAGCUUCCCCGCCUCCUUCUGGAACAGCGCGUACCAGGCUCCCGUGCCCGCGCCGCUGGGCAGCCCGCUGGCCACCGCGCACUCGGAGCUGCCCUUCGCCGCCGCCGACCCCUACUCGCCGGCCGGGCUGCACGGGUCCACUUUAUCAGUUGCUGGGAAGAAGAUUUUGAGGCAAAGAUCCCCAUUCAGGGAGUUACUGGGGAGUGCUCAUAGGGCCAGUGCCUGUUGGGGAGUGAAGAAAUCAGUGUUGAAUGGAGGGAAAAGGCAGAGUGAUGAAGUUGUUAACGAAGACCUCAGUGAAUCCUAG